GAGAACUGAGCUGAAGGGCCUCUCCCUCUUUGCAUGGGAUCCCCUGUAUCUGGUUGCCAGCAGGUCUCUCUCUGUCAGAAAGAGCAGCUUUUGCAGUUGUCUGCCAUGGGAUACGCUGUCUCUUAGAAGCCUUUUGCUCUGUCCUGUGUCAGGGUGCCAAAUGUUGCUCAGCUGAUGACUAUAGCCUCUGUAAUGUCCAGUGCCUGCCUCAGUCCCCAGAGUCCUGGGGUUCCCCUGGGGGUAUGCAGAGCUGCAGGGUGCAGGCUGCUUUCCUAGCACCUAAUGUGUGUUAAAAGGGUUUGCAGAAUGGCUGCCAGCCAGUGCUUGGGGGCUUGGCUAAGGGCAGAGAAGUGAUUAAUUCAGCAAAUACUGCUGUGCCAUGUUUAAUAACGGGCCCAGGAGGGGCCUGUGUCUCCUAACUGGGGGACAGUUGAGGCACCAGUCUGCAGUGAGCUUCUGUGGAGGCUCCCUUGGCCAGGAUGAAAGGUUAGUCAGCUGGUGGCACUGCAUUGCCCCACAGGCAGCUGUCUGGGUAGAAUGUGUGCCCCAAGUGGGUAUCAGGAACAUUCCUACCUGAACCAUCCCUGAGGGAUUCUCAGGCUGCCUCAGCACCUGGCACUGGAAAUGUAGUCCUACAUGCACAUCCCUCAUGGGCCACCACAGUUGGGGACCACAGGACUUUGCCAGUUUGAGGGGUCUGUGUUGCCACCUCAGCUGGUAAGGCCCUGCAAUAUGGUAACAGCAGCAUGGAGAAGCCAUGGGCAAGGAACUAUGCUCCCUUUGCUCAGUCUUUCAGCAAAAAAAGAUGCUGAAGUGUUGGCUCCUGGGGCAGGGUGGUACUGAUACGAGAUGCAAGGGCCUGCUUUUGGAGGGUUCGAGAGGAAGGCACAAGCAGGUGUUGAGGGAUAGGGGCAGCCCUGGAGCUGUGGCUAUACAGAGGGACAGCACAGUGAAGGCUCAGCAGCUGGCAGGGCCCAGGCAGAGGCAGCCCAGGACCUGAAGGGGACAAGGUAGGAAGGGACAGCAGCAUCACCUGGGAGGGGCCAUGUCCCCUCCCCCACCCAGCAGGUGUCCUGGGCAACCAGGGUGGCUCCUCUGUGACCUCGCUGCUGUGGAACCAGUGGAACUGGUCAGUGUGCGCCAUGCUGUGCUGCCUGCUGCUGCUCGCCCUGCUGCUGGGGGCUGCCCUCCCACAGCCUGCACACCAGAGGGACAGCUACUCAGUUCCUGAGGAUUUCUCUGCUCCCCUGGAGCUUCCACAGAAGCACUUUGGCCUGGUGGAUGAUUACGGCAUCAAACCCAAGCAGCCUCGCUUCAGAACGCGGGCGGCGCUGGAGCGGCCGGCGGAGCUGCGCAGAGCUGGCAAAAGCAAGCGCGACGGGCUGGACUUGCUGGAGUACUAUGAGGAUGUGCGCCUGUGAGCCAGCGUGCCCCCGUGCCCACCACAGCCCAGCAGGUGAGGGCUGGAGCAACAGCUGCCAGAAAUCCCUUUGGAUCAUCAUAGGAUCUCUGGCCUCCCAGGAUUGCAGCCAGGGCUCUUGGACCAAUACUGAGAAGC